AUGCUCAUUACCCUGCUACUUGUGCUGCUGUUACUCCCAUCGAAUAAAGAUCGUGCGGCAUUCGCGACAACGGAAAUGCCAUUUAACUCCAAGUUUGUGCAACCCAUGUACGAGAUUAUGACGGCCUUUAAUCUCGACCCGGAGCAGAACUGGAGUGAAGGCGCGCCGUGCUCCGACGACGGCACGGGCAGCGGCUUUAAGGGCGUUAUCUGCGACUCCAACGGCAACCCUCGUGCCAUGAUACCCACCCUAGGGAACUCCCUCGUGGGCCUCAGAUCCCUCCCCACCGCCUUCGCGCGCCUCACCACGCUCACCAGAUUAGUGCUCAUAAUGGGCCUCAUUAACACCAGAUUAGACGACUUCGCCAGACCCCUCUCCUGCCUGCCUAACUUAAGACACUUAGUGCUGGAUGGGAACUCCUUCUAUGGACCCGUCCCGCCUUACCUCAUUAACUCACCCACUCUAACUCACUUGUCGUUACAGGGCAACAAGCUAACGGGCACAAUAAGGGCCAUAGGUCCCAAGCUCACAGCGCUCUUCCUCUCCGUCAACUUCCUAACCGGCGCGCUCCCCCCUGCCCCCCACCUGCGCGUCUGCAACGCCGCCAUGAACUGCCUCUCCCGCACCGCCGGCUGUAACGGGGUAACCGGGUUUCCGCGCCGCCAGCGCACCAUCGGGUGCCGGCGGAACCCCUGUGCCAAGCCGAGGUUACUCAACACGUUCCAGUGCAAGUGGGCCAAGUCGUGUAUUCCACAGUAUGGAGACUGGCCGCCCUGGGAGGUUGAUGCGCUAUCAAACCCGCCUGAUAAAGGCUGGAAGUGUAAUUCCUGCCCCACGGGGACUUACGCGACGAGAAGGCGAUGCGUUCCCUGCUCCAAACCCUUCAACGUCCGGCGCAUGAUGACCGCCGCCUCCCCGCCCGCCCUCGGGCAGUUCCGCCCGCCCCCGCUGCCCAUCCCAGGCGCGCCAAUGUUCCCCAUGGGGGGCGCGGGGGGAGGGGAUUCGGGGGAAGUGGAGGAGGGGAGGCGGAAGGAGAGGGAGCGGAGGGAGGAACUGAUCGCGGCGGUGAGAGAGGGGCGAGGCUCCUGGCAGGAAGUGGCUGCUGCUAUCAGGCAGCUACAGCAGGCGGGCAUGACGGCAGAGGAGGUGGCAGACGUGGCGAUGAUGGCGCAUGGCCGUCAAACCGAGCUAGUCGUUGCUGCUCAGGUGCAAUCCCUUCCCCGUUCCCCCCGCCCAUGUGCAUUGCUCAUGUGCCAUUGCUCAUGUGCCUUGCCAUGCGCCAUGGCCUGCGUGCCUCCUUCCAUAUGCUAUGCCCCGUUCCCCGUGCCGGCGCAUGGCCGCCAGAUCAUGCUAGUCGUCGCUGCACAAGUACCAUUCAUCAUUCUCCGUGUACCAUAG